CAGCAGCAGCAGACACAUGGUGAGGUGCUUGCUGGUGUGGAUGCGAGUGCGGCAUGGGCUAAGGCUUCAUCAAGGAGUGGAGAGGCCGAUUGGGAGACAUGGCAUGAGAGGCUGUGUCAUGUGAACUUCCCUAUGCUACAGAAGUUGGUGAAGGAUGGGAGCCUGAAGGGCUUGGAGGUGAAAGGGGGAGUGAAGGAGAUUGGGAGCUGCCCUACAUGCUUGGAGACCAAGUUCUCCAAGCAGGUCGCCCUUGUGAAGAACAGGGUGCUGGCUACAGUUGGAGAUAAGGAGUGGAUCCCGUAUGUCAAGUGGUAUGGGAGUGCUCCAGCUGUGAACAUGCUGAGGGCAUUUGGGUGCAUGGUGGUGUUUCAUGUGCCUAAGGAGAAAAGGGGGAAGUUGGAGGCUUCUGGAAGAUGGGAUGAGGUGCAGCAGCCUUCAAGACAGGUGGAGGUUGCAGUGUCAGAGGAGGAGAUGUCUGGGGUGACUGAGGAAGGGGGAGCAGCUGAAGUAGAGCAGCAGCAGCAGCAUGAGUCUCCACCUCGAGUUCCACACCCGCCUGAGCGUCCUAGGAGGGAUGUGCGCCCUCCAAAUGAGGUGGGAUUGUCCUCAUGUGAGACUGAGUACAUGGCCUUACACCAUGGGGCCAAGGAAGUAGUGUGGCUAAGGCGUUUGUUGGAGGAGUUGGGAGUUGGUCAGGAGGAGCCGACAGUUGUGUUUUGUGACAAUGAGUCCGCUGUGAAGCUCGCCAAGAAUGCUUGUCUGCAUGGGCUGACAAAACACAUAAGGCCUAAGUGGCAUUGGGUGAGGAGACUCCUUGAUAAGGAGGUGCGGCUGGAGAUAGUGAAGACCCAUCAGCAGGCAGCAGAUAUUUUCACUAAGCGUAUUUGUGAUGAUAGAUCUUGAGAAGAUCUUUCUGAGGCAACAAGAAUCGCUUCAAUCGGAGCAAGAACGCGAAAGCUAUGAAGAUUCAAAGUUCAUGAGCUUGCGUUACAAUUGCGGCGGUUACAAAGUGAAGUUGUGGGGUGACUUUAUAUGGAGUUGGGACCUUUGGGGGUUGGGGAAAUUUGU